UCCAUCUUGGAAUCCGGCUCCUUCAAAACGACUACACUUAUACAAACGUGACGAAAGAAAAACCUCUACCCAUAACCUAGAUACUAAUAAGACAUUGCCGUUUAAUAAUAUAACAUAUACUCAAGAACCGGAUCCUAAUUUAACUACUGGUUAUGGUAAUAAUAACAAUAGUAGUAACGGUUUUGACCAUCAAAUGAGCAAAGAAAACGAAGACGAUAUUAUAAGAGAUGAGCAACUACAGGCAGAAACAUCAACCAUCCAUAAAGUAAUAUUAAUAUUAUGUUCGUUAGGAGGUGCUCUCGUAUUAGUGGCUAUUGCGAUCGCAGUACUUUAUUGGAAAAUUCGACAGCAACAAAAUAUCGAUAGAUGUAUACCACCUAAUCAUCAACCCCCAUCUGUUGAACGAAUUCAUCCAUUAUAUAAUAUCCAAAUUCACACUUUACCACCACAAGCUACUGCUCCACCCGCAGAAAAAGUUAAUUUAAUGGGUGAUGAUGAUGAACAUUUGCAAGAGCAACUGAAUAGAAUGGGACAUUCCUUAGAUCCUCAUCUUGCAUUACCACCAGCUUACACGCCCACCGCACCUCCAUUAUAUUCAUUACCAAUUAAUCAUCAUCUAGAUUACAAUAUUUCUUCUUCAAUGCAUUCAAUGCAGGAUAUAAUAUUAAAUACGGAUGGUAUUCAUCCCAAUUAUCCCGCAUGUCCAUCCUUGGCUGUCUUGCGAUCUGCAUCACCAAUUAUAAAUGGAGAAAUAGAAACAUCACAAACAAUUAAUACUGUGUUGCAUACCCGAAGACAAACUACGAAUAUUUUAACCUCAUCAGCUUCAACAACAACAAUAAUAAAUUCAUUACCAUCUUCACCGACAGAAAGAAACGCCGAUCACCCGCAUCCCAGACGACACAGACAUCAACGACAUAACUCCUGCGAUUUAUGA